CUACUGCAUUUCCUUCAGUGCUUUUUUCCUUCCUUCCUUCCUUUCCUUUCAGCGUAUCAUCGACCCCAGUUUCCGUUCCUUUUUUCAAUAUCACACAUUCCAUUCCUUCCUCAGAAUUCAUCAGAAAACAUGAAGUCGCUUUAUUUUAUGCUGCUUAACAAAAAGUUUGAUGAUCAAUAUACGUUUGAUCUCCAUGGUAUACUAAGUGUGCAAGAUUUUUGCUCUGCGAUGAGUACGAUCAAUCGAACAAUGCGCGAGUCACCCCCGCCUGGAAAUACCGGCCUUUGGCUGGGGAUUGUGUGGACAGUUUGGAUAUUAUUGGGGGCUGCCAUUUAUAUGAUGUGGAACCACGUACAACAACGACCUUAUAUUUUGGUGAUAAUGCCCAUCCUGAUGUUGGCGGUGUCUCUGUUGGUCUUUUGGAAACAUAGAAGGUCCCAAAUAAAGUUUGAAAAAACAGUGAUGCAAGUUUGCAAUCAACUGAACGCCAUUGAAAACGUCCGCGGCAUCAAUUUUCGAUUCACAAAAAAUGGAGCCACCGUCAUCCGGCCACACCUGUUUGGUUGGCGUCCCUGGCACAAGACAGUUUAUGCUAUUCUCAUAGAAUUUGAUGACAGGUAUAAUGCUCUAGUUCAAGAAAAAGCAGUGAAAUACGCUGCCGAAGGUUUCGUGACGGUGCCACUGCAACCCGCGAGCGUGCAUUACGCGCAAGGACUGUCGGAGAAAAGCACUCAUGCUUACUAUUAUCCAAACUUAUGGACCGAUAUUCCAACUUAUGUGGAGAAGACUAAUUAUAAAACGACUCCACAGUAACCACAGAGAAAGUCACGACACAAAACAAAAAGAAGUUUAUUCUUAAAAAUAUACAGUGCAGCCAAGAAAUUACAUCAUGUCGUUUUUGUUUAUAUUUUGGAACCGAAAAAUUGUG